UAUUCUAAUGUCUUAAGGGGGAACGUCAAGUUAGUAAAUCAAUCAGCUAAAGGGUCUUGAAUGAUAAGCCGAAAACUGGGUCAGCCCUGCGCAUCUGUGUCCAACUGUUGAUCAGGGUGAUCCCAAGCUCUCCUCUAUUCUUGUACCUGAUCUAAAAUGCCGAUUGUUCUUGGCUAUUGGUCGAUUCGAGGGUUAGCACAGCCCAUACGUUUGCUACUCAACUAUGUUGGAGAGGAGUUUGAAGACAGAAAGUAUGAGUGUGGCCCUGCACCUGAUUUCAACCGAGAAGCAUGGACAAGUGUCAAGCACACACUGGGACUGCCAUACCCAAAUCUCCCAUACCUGAUCGAUGGGGAUCGUAAGGUUGUGCAGAGCAAUGCCAUUCUGAGAUACAUUGGAAGGAAACACAAUCUCUGUGGCACCACUGAAGAGGAGAGAAUAAGGGCCGACAUCAUGGAAAACCAGUCCAUGGACUUCAGAAAUGGAUUUGUGCGCCUCUGCUAUGGCAAGUUUGAUGAAGCUGUGAAAGAGGCCUACUUGAGUGCCUUGCCAGGAACACUGAAGCAGUUUGAAGAAUUUCUUGGAGACAACCAGUGGUUUGCUGGAGCAAAUCUCACAUUUGCAGACUUCCCCAUGUAUGAGUUGUUGGACCAGCACAGGCUCUUCGCACCAGGUUGUCUGGAUGCCUAUCCAAAACUGACCGCAUUCAUGAAGAGGUUCGAGGCCCAGGAACCAGUAGCCAAGUGCAUCUCCUCUGAGGAGUUCAAGAAGUUGCCAGUCAACAAUAAGAUGGCUAGAUGGGGCGGCACUGCCUCUGCAUGAGACUACACAUUACUUGAAUAUUUCUCUAAUUUAAAUGUAAUUGUUAAAAUCAUUCCUUUAGAAUCCAGUAAAAAUUGUUAGUAUGUGUUUCUCUAGAAAUUAUUUGGGUUAUAUUAAGAGAUCUCAUUCCCAUGAAUAUUGUGCAAACACACAAACACACACAGGAAAGAUAAAAAUGAUAAAAUUGUGCCUCUGAAGCAAGUUGAUUGAACCUAUCACAAAUAUAGUUUCUGACCUCAUCCCAGAUUUUGUGUAAUAUGUAUCUUUAUUCUGCCAGUCCUUAUUAUUAGAGGAACAGACACUGACAAUACAGAUCUCCAUACUGGGGGUUUGAAUCUCUAUGUGUCAUUUAGACAAAUUUAUUUUUGGGGUGUCUCUUUUUAUAGGCCCUGCCUGCUAUCGAGCAGUAUAUGAAGUCGGAUAAGUUCAUGAAGUCUCCAUGUAACAACAAGAGGGCCUGGUGGAAAUAAUGGAAAGUAU